AUGAUGCGUCUCCUCCUCCGCUCUCACUCCCCGAAAACCCUAACCCUAAUCUGCCCUUUCUCCACCCACCCCCGCCCCAAAAAACCCACAAAGGAAAACCUCAACUCUCCUCCCUUCAGCAAUCCGACCUCGACAACGCCAUCUAACCCUCCCCUCUCGCUUCACCCCUCCGACCUCACACACCUCCUCUCCGCUCACCCAGCCCCUCCACCUCUGCUUCCACCUCUUCAAUUGGGCCCAAACCCACCCCGCUUCAAACCUGACCCGGCCCUCUUCCACCUCACCAUCAGAAACUGGGCCGCGGCCCGUCUCGUCCCAGAGCUCACUCCGUCGCCUCCCUCGCCCUCUCCUCCCUCCCCCCUCCUCCCUUUAUUCAACACCAUCAUCUACUUCUUCGCUGAAUCUCGCGCCCUCUCCAAAGCCAUCUACGUCUACAAGCUUAUGCUCAAGUCACCCGACCCAAAUGCGAGACCGAACAUCGUCACCUACAAUCUCCUCUUCAAUGCCCUCCUUGGAAAAGGAUCCAACUCCUACAUCCACCACCUCUACAUGGACACAAUCCGGUCCCUAUUCCGGCAAAUGAUAGACUCCGGAGUGAAGCCCGACAUAACCGCAUUGAACUUUGUCGUGCGUGGGUAUGUGAAUUCGAUGCAUUUGAACGAUGCGUUGAGGGUGUUCCAUCAAUUUACCCUGGUAUAUGGGGUGGAGCCGGAUGAGAAUACUUAUGGGUAUUUGGUGCACGGCCUUUGUGCUCAAGGGAGGACGAAGAAUGCGAUGGAGUUGUAUGGGGAAAUGAGGGGGAAGCGGAUGGGGUUGGGGGCGAGGGCGGGGAAUUCGUUGGUGAGCGCGUUGGCGAUGGGAGGGGAGGUGGAGGAGAGUGUUAGGGUUUUGUGGGAGGUGGUGAAGAUGGGGAAAGUGGUGGAGGUGAUUACGUGUAGGACA